AACGAACGAGUGAACGACUAACCAACCAACCAAGGGAAGGCAUGGAAUGUAUUUAGGUUGGUCCACGACAAAUUUAGAUCAGUGCGUGGCAGAGUCGCCAUCGGCCUAGCGAAACUACUGCGACGAGUAAACGCCAUUUACUUCUCGUUAAUUAUUCGAGUGUUUCAACGUUGUCGAAAACAAAUUGACAAAAAAGAAAAAAGAAAAGAAGGCAAAGAAAAAGAAAGAAGUCAAUGUGUAGAAAAGUUAAUCACGUUUUCGUGACGACGAGUUUGUAAAAUCGCCGAAGAAAACAGAAAGAAAAAAAGAAGAAAAAAAGAAGAAGCAAAACCACUCGGAUUAUAAUAGAGAUAACAAUUGUGAUGAAAAGAGAUCAGUGAGCGAUAAUCUAUGCGAUUAUUAAUCAUUUCGAUUGCAUGAUUCGUGAAAAUCAAAUCAGUUAUUCUCGAAGGUUAUACUGACGAUGACCGGCAGUAUUAUAUCUAUUAUGGCUUCGUACCGGCGCAACGUUCUACCUUUCAUCGUGUUAACUCUCUUAACGCUGCUUCCGUACAAUCAGGGCGCUUCUCGACCCAUAAAAAUUGGUGCUAUAUUUCAUCAAGAAGAAAUAGAAUACAGAGAAGCCUUCGAGAGAGCCAUUUUAGAUACAAUGCAGGAAAACCCAGCACCGGCAUUUAAAUUACAUUCGAUUAUCAAAACGGUGGAUAGUCAUACCGAUAGUUUUAAAACGAAACUCGCAGUCUGCGAACUUUUGGAGGAAGGCGUGGCGGCGAUCUUUGGGCCCUCGAGCCCUCACACGCGAGGUAUAGUUGCUAGUAUAGCUGCUCACUUCGACGUACCCCACUUGGAAUACGUUUGGCGAGAACAAGAGAAAUUAUAUCUCGACGAAGACGAAAAUCUAUUUAGUCUUACACCAAUGACGAUCAAUAUUUAUCCUGACAGUGAAAUGGUCAGCAAGGCUAUCGCGGAUGUUGUGAUUUGGAACGAAUGGAAAAGCUUUGUGGCGAUUUACGAAACGAACGACGGAUUGUCAAGGAUUCAAAAAGCUCUUACGAUGAAAAGGAAAAAAGAUAAUCCAAUUACGAUUCGUCACCUUGGUGUUGGUCCUGAUUAUCGUUCUAUAUUAAAGGAAGUCGGUACUCUACCGAUCGAUAACAUUAUUCUCGAUGUUAAACCAGAGAAUAUAAUGACUGUUUUAUACCAAGCUAAGGAAGUCAAUUUGGUUCGCGAGUAUACGAAUUUCAUCAUAACUUACAUGGACUCGUCGAAACUACCAAUUCUGGAAAUACGAAACGGCACAACCCAAGGUAACAUUACGGGUUUCAGCUUGCGACGGAAGAAUGUCGACGGUAUCAACUUGGCAGAAAGUGCGGUCCUCUAUGAUGCUGUUUUUCUAUUAUACAAUGCUUUGAAGAUCCUUAAUGCAAGGAACAAGGAUAACGGUGAUUCUAUUUCUAUCAUCCCGGUACCGCUCUCUUGCGACGAUGAAAAGAAAUAUGAGGCAGGUCCCAACAUUACCAGCAUCAUACGAGAGAUACCGGUAGAAGGGAAGAUAACAGGAGUAAUCAGUUUCGAUGAAAUUGGUCACAGACGUAACUUCGAUCUUCGUCUUUUGGAUUUCCGUGGUUUCAGUAGUAUCGAAAUGGGAUAUUGGGACGAAGAAGGUGUUCAUUCUACUCGUAGUAAACAGGAACUUGAGAGUUAUUUGUUCAAAUCCAUCGAACAGAAUCAUUUCAGGAUUGCCACUAAAGUGGGUGAACCAUACGUGAUAGAAGUGACUGAUGGAUCGACUCGAGGUGUACCAAUCGAUAAAAAAUAUUAUGAAGGAUAUUGCAUAGACGUGAUCGAGAGUAUUGCUAAAAUCCUCAAAUUCAAAUACUCCUUUAUGUUGGUACCUGAUAAUCAAUACGGUUCGUACAUCCCUAAAACUAAAUCUUGGAACGGUUUGAUGAAGCUUCUUUUAGAUCAUGAAGCUGAUCUUGCUAUAUGUGAUUUAACUAUCACAUCGUCGAGAGAAAGUAUAGUGGAUUUUACAAUGCCUUUUAUGAAUCUUGGUAUCAGUAUAUUAUUCAGUAAACCUGAAGAGAAAGACCCCGAACUCUUUUCUUUUCUGAAACCAUUGUCUACCGACGUUUGGAUAUAUAUGGCUACUGCUUAUCUGAUAGUCUCUUUGAUGUUGUACUUACAAGCCAGAAUGGCACCAGGAGAAUGGAACAAUCCUCAUCCAUGCAAUCCUGAUCCCGAGGAACUAGAAAAUAAUUUUGAUUUAAAAAAUUCAUUAUGGUUGACCGUGGGCUCGCUUAUGCAACAAGGUUCCGACAUUCUACCGCAAGCGCCAUCGAUACGUAUGGUCGCCGGAAUGUGGUGGUUCUUCACACUGAUUAUGGUCUCGAGUUACACAGCCAAUUUGGCUGCGUUCCUAACCAUCGAUAAAAUGGAUAAUCCUAUCACAAAUGUCGAGGAACUUGCAAAACAAACUAAGAUCAAAUACGGUGCGGUUGAUGGUGGAUCCACUUCGGCUUUUUUCAGGGACUCGAAUUAUUCGACUUAUCAACGUAUGUGGGCAACUAUGGCAGAAGCAAGACCAUCUGUCUUCACUGUAACAAAUGAUGAGGGAGUCGAGCGUGUGGUUAAAGAGAAAACGGCAUACGCGUUUUUAAUGGAAUCUACGACGAUCGAAUACAAAAUGGAAAGAAAUUGUGACUUGCAACAAAUCGGUUCGUUGAUCGAUAACAAGGGUUAUGGGAUCGCUUUGCCACGUAAUUCACCAUACAGAACUCCGAUAAGUGGCGCGAUAUUGACGCUACAAGAAAAAGGUGUAUUGUCGGAGUUGAAAAAGAAAUGGUGGCAAGAACGCGGCGGUGGAAAAUGUAAAAAAGAGGAAAGCGAAAAGGAAGCAAAUUCGAUCGAAUUAGGGUUACCCAACGUCGGAGGUGUUUUCCUCGUAUUGAUGUUGGGUUGUGCAGCAUCCCUUAUCAUCGCCAUCUUUGAAUUUCUUUGGAACAUUCGUAAAGUUGCAGUCGAAGAAAAGAUCACUCCUUGGGAGGCUUUCAUAGCAGAAUUGAAAUUCGCUGUAAACAUCAGCCUCGAAACGAAACCAGUGAAAAUAUCGAAAAGUAGUAUCGGCACUAGUAGUUCGACGGAAGGUGGUAUAGGUAGAGCGGCAUCAACGGCACGAUCUAUCGUCGGUUCUUUUCUACGAUUGGAUAUUUUAGACAAAUUCGAUAAAGAUAACAAUACUAACAAUCGCGGUAGCGAUAGGAAAAUUAAUUGAAUAACGUUUAGACAUCGCAAUUUGAUUAAUAAUAUGAUUAACAAUAAUGAUUAUUAGAGAUCCGUCGAGAGAUUUGACGGUCAAAUAUUAAUCGAUGUAAUCGAUCUUUCAAACGAAUUCAAAGAAUUAAAAAUUAAAAAACAGGAAUUAAAAAAAGAUAAGAUAAAGGGAUAAGACUUGGAUCGAAUUUUUUCUCGAUUUUUAAUCCCAAAAGGACGUCGCAUUUCCCGAAUGGUUUCUCUCCAUUUUAUUUCUGAAAGUCACGCAUGAAGUCAUCAGUCUCGAUGUGCCGUCGCUAUAACGACAAAGAAAAGAGAGAAAGAGAGAGGGAGAGAAUCGUCGCUGUAGGUCCAGGACAAAAUCCAAUAAUAUUUGGACUGGACCACAAUGGCGCUAACGAACCGUGACCUUGGUUUAAGGGCAUUUUAGUUCCGAGAAAUCGCCAACCGCUUUUCCUCAGUCCUUUGUACACCCUCCCAUUUUAGCUUCCUCAAAGAAGAGUAAAGCGGCAUCUUUGUGUCAUUAUUACCAAGGGACGUUCCUUAGGGAUGAAAAGCAGCUUCGCGGAUAGUUUACAGCUGGUCGACGGGAUCUUUGAAAUCUUCUCUUAUAAAGGUGUCUUCUCUUGGGGAUUGACUUGCUCGACUUAUCCAGAUUAUCUCAUUAUUCUUUAAAACAAAGAAUGUAAUAUCGUAACCCAAAGAUGGUAACAUUACCCAACGAAACUAAUUUUUAACUCAUUUCGAACAUGUUCGAACAAUUUUGUAACAUAUAUUUCGAAUUAUUUUUAUGGUUUCAAUUACGAUAAUUCGCUAAUGAUUUUACACGCAAGUCGUGUAAUCGAAUAAUGAUAUCUAUAAAAAAAAAAAGAAAUGUUUUAAGAUCGAUUUUAUUAAUCAAUUACGAUUUGAAUUAACCUUCGAUUGUGCUUUGUGAAUAAGAAAAAGAAAUAAAAAAUAAAAUCUCCUUGUAUUCUUUAAUAAACGUAUUACAAUAUUUUUCUAAUAACUCUUUCGAGACAUUCUUUAGAUCCAUAGACGAGAUUUUCCACUUCCGAGUGUCAAAUCGCAUCUUCUGUGUCUUAACCCGACUUUAUCUACUUAAAAUCAAAGGCACAGAUAAAAGUAUUUAUUCGCUUAUGCUACCUGCUUGCCUUUGUUUCUAUCGUAUAUUACAAAAAAAAAAAAUCGCUUUUCUUAAAAUUAUUUUACAAUUUAUUUAAAAGAUUGGUCUGCUAAUUACGUACAAUUUGCAAUUGUUGAGACUUGUUAAGAAUUAUUGAAAAAUAAAUUUACGAGGAAUAAAUUCGCGGAUGUAUGAGAAGAGCGUACAUUCAACAAACAAACAAAAUCUAUGAUUCGUGUAGAAUUUCGAGACAAAAAAAAAUUAUGAAAUACCAUUUUUAUGAAAAAUUAUAGCAACGCUAUUGACGACGAUAAUGCACUUAUUGUUGUUAUGCCUGAGAGGAAAAAAAAAAGAAAAAGAGAGAAAGAGAAAGAAAGAGAAAGA